AUGUCCGUGAUCAAGGCUCACCAAAUCAGAACCAAGUCCAAGGAAGAAUUGCAAACUCAGCUCGUUGAGCUCAAGCAAGAGUUGGCCACCUUGAGAGUGCAACAAAUCCAAAAGGCUUCGUUGCCCAGAAUCAACAUUGUGAGAAAGAACAUCGCCAGAGUGUUGACCGUCAUCAACCAAAACCAAAGAGAAACCGUCAGAGGCUUCUACGAAGGCAAGAAGUACAUCCCCAAGGACUUGAGAGCCAAGAAGACCAGAGCUUUGAGAAGAGCCUUGACCAAGGAAGAAAAGUCGCUCAAGACCGAAAAGGCCAAGAAGAGAGCCGUCGCUUUCCCCCAAAGAAAGUUCGCCAUCAAGGCUUAG